UAUUUGCGGCAUGGAAAUCCCGGAAAUCACGACUGUCUCGCGGCGUGAGGAAUUUCAAUGACCUCUAAGUGCAUUCCACUUGAAAUGAAAGGCCUUGAUAAAGUUGACUUUGCAGAAAGUUCGUUCAAUUUCGGAAGGUGAAACACUGUUGUAGUGGUAUAGGAAGUAUAGGAGAUUUGAAGGAGGUGAGAAAGUACAUAGUUGAUAGAGUGGAUUGCGCACCGGAAAGUUGUCUGAAACGCGAAAAGUCUGGUGAAUAAUGUUUCUGUGGGAUUGGUUCACUGGUGUCCUCGGAUACUUAGGUCUUUAUAAAAAAUCUGGGAAACUCUUGUUCCUUGGCUUAGACAAUGCUGGGAAAACAACAUUACUACACAUGUUGAAAGAUGAUCGGUUAGCUCAGCAUGUGCCAACUCUACAUCCAACUUCUGAAGAAUUGUCGAUUGGUAACAUGAGGUUCACCACUUUCGACCUUGGAGGUCACACUCAAGCCAGGAGAGUGUGGAAAGACUACUUCCCAGCUGUGGACGCGAUAGUGUUUUUAAUUGAUGCCUGUGACAGAGUUCGCUUCAUCGAGAGCAAAGCUGAGCUCGAUUCUUUAUUGACCGACGAAUCUCUGUCAAACUGUCCUGUCCUCAUUCUUGGCAACAAAAUUGACCACCCAAGCGCUGCCUCAGAAGAUGAACUCAGAAAUGUGUUUGGUCUCUAUAGCUUAACAACGGGCAAAACGAAAACUCCACGAUCAGACUUGCCCGGCAGACCGCUAGAAUUAUUCAUGUGCUCCGUUCUCAAGCGACAAGGUUAUGGUGAAGGUUUCAGGUGGCUCGCUCAGUACAUAGACUAAUUAGAUAUAAAUAUCUCUUUCAUUAUUUCCUCCUCUCCUCGAUGAAUCAAACAGACUUUAAGAUUUCCCAAUGGUGGCCAACUUCAAGCGAGCCAGCCCGAGUUUACUUGAUUCUGGAAAGUUUUAUUUUUUCCCUCGUGAUGAAUUUUAAGAAAAAAUUGUGAGCUACUGUCUUUUUUCUUUUUUUUAAGAUCUCAUCGUCGGAAUGUUUAUAUGUGCUUUUAUGGGCAACUAAUGUAAGGAAUGAAAACGUGACAUGUUUUAAAAAACACUCUUUCUUCUAUUGAUUAAUGAUUCUAAUAGUUAAUAUUCUUCUAGUGGUAAAAUGCCUCCGAACUCCAAUUUCUGUAUUUUCUGUGGUUUUGUACAGUUCAAUGUAAUUUUUACUGUGAGUCAAAAUACAUUUUUUUUUAUUUACAA